CAAACCUUCUGCGGUGCAUACGCACGUGCCGCACACACACGCGCAUAGAUUGCUGUCUACGUAGGCAACUACAAGGGUUUUCGAACACAGCCGCAGAGUCUCUAUUUCCUGGUUACUUCGCAAGGAUGAAUGUGGGCGUUGCUCACAGCGAGGUGAACCCAAACACGCGGGUGAUGAACAGCCGGGGGAUCUGGCUGGCCUACCUGCUGCUCACCACUGCCCUGCAUGUGGUCUUACUCAGCAUCCCUUUCCUCAGUGUGCCUGUGGUGUGGACGCUCACCAAUGUCAUACACAACCUGGCAAUGUACCUGUUUUUACAUACCGUCAAAGGUACACCGUUUGAGACACCAGACCAAGGCAAGGCACGUUUGCUUACUCACUGGGAGCAGAUGGACUACGGUGUCCAGUUCACAGCGUCAAGAAAGUUCCUCACCAUCUCACCUAUUGUACUGUACAUCUUGGCCAGCUUCUACACCAAAUAUGAUACUACUCACUUCCUAGUAAACACAGGCUCACUACUAAGCGUUCUCCUUCCCAAGUUGCCUCAGUUUCAUGGAGUUCGUCUGUUUGGCAUAAAUAAAUACUGAUAAAUGACACUUCAGCCCACUUGUGGAUGGGAUGUAGCAUCAUGGAGAUGAGAUGAGAUGACUGUAAUUUCUUUUAUUCUCCACAUGAUGCUUCCUUGGUCCAAAGCCGAAAGGCCUUAAGGAACCGAGACUGCACUGGACUGAAGUACACUAUUUAAAAAAAGGCCUUCCAUGCUCAGGUUUAAGUUUGUGGCAUUUCUUUUUCUUUUUUAAAUCCUGUCUCACAUCUGUAAUUUCUCUUAAUCUCUACAUCUCUAUCAACAUUUCUAGAUUUAUCACACUCAAGGAUGUUUAUGACUGCAUUGCACCAGACAAUGUGCCAAUUAUCAUCUGCUGUUAUUCAUUUUUUUUAAGGUUCACUUUGCAUAAACCUAUUUGCCACAACAAGCUCUGUCACUGUGGGGUCAAAACAUGAUAGUGCUGAAUUACAAUAUUCAGACAGUUUUUGUCAGUGUUCUAGUAUAUAUACAACAUGGACAACUGCAGUAAAUAAGUUAUGUUGAAUUAUUAGAAAAACUGAUUUAGAUUUUAAUUUGAAUUGUCAUUUUUUAAUUUCAUUUGCAUCUGUGACAAUGUUUGAAUAUUAUAAGAUAAACAAUCUUAAAGUGCUCUCUUAAAGGUCAUUCCUUAAGUUUCUUGUUGAGUGCUGGUUAUAUUAGAUUUCUUUGAUUUCCUGUAUUUAUUUCUUUUUUAUCAUAUCAUGAAACAUUCCAAUUUGAAGCAACUGCCAUGGUGCGCAUACAUUAUAAUUUUCUAAAUGUACAUGUCUGUAUGGAUCAUGUUUGUUCACAAUAUAAAAGUGGAAGUAUGUACAGUGGGUAACAAAAGUCUGAGACCACACCGAAAAUGAAGUAUUCAAAAUCUAAAGCUGGAAGUCAUUUUAAAGUUUCAGAAUGUUUAAAAAUAAAACAUUAGAAUGUUUACAA